CCCCUUCCUCCCUCCCUCCCUCCGAUCCGCCGCCCGCCCUCUCGGCUUCCGUCCCCUCCCCCUCCCGCAAAGCCCCGGAUGGAGCCGCCGCCGACUCGCCGCCGCCUGGCUCCGGGGGAUGGUUUUGUCAGGCGGCCAGAGCCCCGGCGCCAGGCGCAGCCGCCCCCGCCCCCGCGGGGCGCCCCUGCCCUCGCUUCCCAGAACUGGGUCCCCGUGUGGUCCGGGCCCUCCGCCUGCCUUCACCCGGAGCCCCGGGACGGGGGUCAUUCUUCUUUGUUGCCACCGUUGGUGCCGGAACCGUUUGCGAGCUCCGGUGGCCCCCGCCCCCCCUCCGCCUUCCCGGAGCCCGGGCCGGGGGCGGCACGUGGGCACCGGCCCCGGGAGGUGGAGGCGUUGCGUGCUUACCUGUCGCCGGUGCUGCUGCGGCGGGGGGUGUGGAGGAGGCACCGCUGGGCAGCCUUGGCCGUGCUCUCCCCGCCGCCGCCGCCUCUGCCUCUCGCUGCUGCUGCUGCUGCUGCUGCCGCCGCGGUCGGUGUCUCCGGCGCGGCGGCGGCGGCGGCGGCGGGGCUUUUCCUGUCCGGUUACGUUAAGGUCACAUGACCGAGAGAGCGGAGCGACUAGUGCAAAGAGGCUGAGAGCGGCUCCCGCCGGGGGGGAGAGGCGGCGAGAGAGCAGUGGCGGCAAGAGCCCCCUCCGCCCCCCCCCGCCGCCUCCCCUCCCCCCGCCCGCCUCCGCCUCCUGCUGCUCUGCCGCCGCCGCCGCCGCCGCCUGCAGCACUAACUACACUGCCGCUCCCACCCAGGCUCCGCUCUGCUCCAGCCAAACUUCUGCAAACCAUGUGCAGCCGAGGCGAGGAAACUUCUCUCCACCUAUUGGGGCUGGAGGCUUGAGUCACUAGCCCCGUGUUUACAUAAAGUGUUUAGGUAGGAUAAUCCUGGAGAUGCUCUGGGAAGGGAUGCAGAACUGCUCCGGAUCCUUCUUGCAGGCUUCUGCUUGACAUCUCUCGGCCAAUACUUUUGUCCUUUAUUUCCCGUGUGGCAUAAGUUUUAAGACUUGAAAAGGAGUGGACUUGAGAACCAGGGAGAAACUUGUAAAUCACUAAUAGCUGUUUUUCACCAGUGGAAUUAAAAAGUCAUACCAAAGUAGAUCUGUUUGUGGUGUGUAUAGAGAGGUAUAAGUGCUUCCUUAAACAGACUAGUUGAGUGUGAUGUCAGACGUUUCUGUUAGGAUGAAUUUGAUGCUUAUUUCAGUAAUUGUGUUUUUUGAAGCGUUGGUCCAAAAUUAGUUUGCAAAGCACUUUUGUUACUUGAGAACAGUUUACUUUCUUGUUAAGUUUUGAUCUCUCGGGUACUGUUAGAUUGGAUUUAGAGUUAGCCAUUCUGUUAAUUUGGAGGUCCUGAAACAGGUAACGUGGCAGGCAGGGGACUUAGAUUCUCUGGUGGUCAUUUUUAACAUUUUAAGGUUUGUUUUUGUUGCCAUUUUGUUAGAAUUAUAUUUAUAUCUUUGGAAGUACCGUUUAAUUUCUUGAGGACUGGAUUUAGUGAUUUCUGUAUUUUACAUAUCUAGGCUUUUGAAGACUUAAGAAUAUGGCUUGAUUAUUAAGGAACUGAAGGCAGCAGUUUCCAGGACACUCUUUGGUUCUAAGGCAUGCAAUUUGGUUAUAAGCCCUUAAUUUGAUGUUGAACCCGUUUUGGUUUACAGAGCCAGCCUUAGCACAUUGCCCUGGCACAUAGUUUCCAAAAUAUUUAAGGCAAGCUUAAUACCUUAAGACAGUUAACAUACAGAAGUGUCCCUCCCCCCCCCCCCCCCAAAAUCUGAGUUUGAUUUAGUAAUCCAGUUAUACCCAGAGCUACUGAUGACUAAUUUCUUCUUUGAAGAUUAAAUAAGCAGCUGUGUAACUUUAGUGGUCCAAAAGUGAAUAAUAGAUUUCAUACAUACCUGCCUUGAACUUUCUUGUUCUUUGAUCAGCUAGAUAAAUGACUUGAGUGGUUAAAUGUCUGCCUGCAAAACCAAAUUCUGACCCUGAUAUAUAAGUAUUUCUAGUGCACUAACACAUCAAAGUUGGCCUUCAGAUUGGCAGGCCAGAUUCCUUGGAUUGGCUGUGCAGUGGAGAUUUGUUUCAUCUUAUUGAGAAACUAAAGUGGUUCUGAUUGGUAGACAGAGUUAGAAGUCUUUCGGUUCUUAAUUCUUUUAGACCUUGACUGAACUUCCAAGUUUAUGGUCUGAUGGAAUACUUACAGUGGAGAGUGAACUGACUUAAGGGAGACUAAAGGAAAAAGUGGGCUAAACUGAUGGCUGAAGUUUUAGAUUAGUUUUAACCAUUGUGUCUAGAGUAAUUGGCCUUGAGUCUCAAAGUAAUCGUUUAUUCUUAAGACCAGUGAAUAGUUUCCCAGUACUGUACUCUUAUAUAGUUGUAUGGAAAUGAACCAGGGUUAUUUCUGAAACUCUGGGUCUCAUUCCUAGAGAAAGUGCUGUCAAGAACAUCCUAGUUUUCUCUUCAGGAGCUGCUGUUCUGGAUUUUAGAACAGGGCUGAUUGGCUGCUGGUUCUCUCAAGGCAUAGGCAUGUUACUUGAAUUUUGCCAACUUAUUUUGAUUUUUAGUCACCAGCAUAAAGUAAUAGCGUUAUAAGGAAAGCUGUGCAAAUUAUAUCUGCUUUCUAUAACUUGCUGAAGUAGAAACAUUUAGGUGAAUACAUAGGCAGAGGUUGGGGAAAAAAUAGUCCUUGCAAAGAAGGACUAAUAGUGUAUCUCAGGAUUGGGUUAAGAGAGCUUGGUGUA